GGACAACACCUAGCCCUCGUGUUUUCCGCCUGCGAGCCCAUAACAGCCGUCACGUAACGGAAUACUUUCGCAAGAUGCCGUUAUCAGCCGUCAGGAAGUAGCUUCCAACGGGGUGAGACGAGAGAGCCCUGGCCGGAAAGCGAGAGGCCUCCAUGGCCUUCUAUUUCCGUGGACGAAAGCCACCAAAUGCCUUCCUCAGAUUUCUGCUACGUGUAAAAUUUGGCAGAAUUUUUGCUAAAUGAUUCAUCUAUUACCAUUUUAUCUCGAGAUUUUUUGGUUUUGAUUGCGCGGAGUGCUGAAUUGGGGAUUCUGCUGUUUUGUGAACGGGGCAUUUAUCAUUCUCUGCACUUAUUUCUGGAUGACAAAUGUAUCAACCUUCCCUUUCUAAUAUAAGCCUAGCAAACUACCCUUCUCUGGCUCAUGAUCAGCCUGUCGAAAUGAAUAGCACUGCUAUGUCCCCACAUGCUGCAGGAAAUAACCCAAAUAACCCAAGUUCUGCCUCAAGGCAGAGACUGCGCUGGACAAAUGAACUCCACGAGCGAUUUGUGGAUGCCGUCGCUCAACUCGGAGGACCAGAUAGAGCCACUCCUAAAGGUGUCCUUAGGGUUAUGGGUGUGCAAGGUUUGACAAUAUACCACGUGAAGAGCCACUUGCAGAAGUACCGACUUGCGAAGUAUCUUCCAGACUCAUCAGCUGAAGGUGCAAAAGUUGAAAAGAAAGAAUCCGAUGAUGUUCUUUCAAACCUUGAAAGUUCAACAGGGAUGCAGAUAACUGAAGCCCUAAAGUUGCAGAUGGAGGUACAAAAACGGCUACACGAGCAACUAGAGGUUCAAAGGCAGCUGCAGCUUAGGAUAGAAGCUCAAGGAAAAUAUCUGAAAAAGAUCAUGGAAGAGCAGCAGCGGCUUAGCGGUGGAUUAGCACCUACCUCGACCAACCAAACUCUAGAAGAUAAGAGUGAUCCCUCCACCCCUGUUCCAGUCACCAAAUCUUCUCUCCAUGGUAGUCUCUUUAAGAGCUUUUCGUUCGAGGACUCCCAUCACGGGCCGCUCACUCCGGAGACGGGCUCGCCGUCCGGAAGCCCGAAACACGAACGCUCUGUUAAGAUGCAGGGAGACCGUGAUAGCCCGAAGCAGGAGCUGAUGCUCGGCCAUCAUAUUCUCGAGAGCUCGAGCUCCUUGUUCCUGGGCGGUGGACUUUAGGCUCACUGGAGUCCCUCCCCUUAAUGAAAAUACUCAGCUUCAUUUGAUCUACUUUUUAGCUACUAGCUUAGGCGUUUUUUCUUCUUUGAGUUGCAGGUUUAUUGAAGUUAUAUGGUGAUGUUUGUUGCAUUUGUAGCUCUAUUUACUGAGAGGCAUUUAUUCAUCCUCAGAUGUAUUAUUUUUUAAGGCUGUUUCUCAACAAUUUAAAAAGCUAUACAUAUGCAGCUUACAUU